CGAAGAGAUUAUUGGUUUGUGCUUGCUCUUUCCAGUAUGCCGUUUGUGCGUUUGAUAUGAUAACACUGUAAAACUAGAAAAUACCAGGCGAUUUCGAUUUCCAUCAUGUAUCAUGCCAUGAGAAAGAUCUUCAUCUUCUGACUUUUUGGCGGCCGCUGCUUGUUUUUGAUUUUUCCGCGAUCGAGGUUGAUUUUGCUUGAUCUCUCUUGCCGUUCGGACACUGACAUGACCAUGACUAUUUUCUUUUUUGUUUCUCUCACGACUUGAACUCGUUGCUUCGAAAAAUCUGCGAGAAAGGAAUACGCCUACAAGAACAACAGCCAACAACAGCAACGCGGGGACUGUUGCAAUAGUAGCUGCAUUAUAAGACCACAUCCACGACACCAAACAUGUUGUGGAUGCACAAAAAUUGUUGAGUUGGCGUGAAUGGGGGCCAUGGCAGCUUCGCGGUUGAUUUCGUGCGAAAACUUUUUCAAACUGCCGAUUUCAUCCCGAAAGAAGAUGCACGUGACCAUGGCAGCCACGGCGCCCGCACGAUCGGCAUCGACUGUAGGAGGACGAGGAGGGGCUCAAGCUCGCUCAAAGUCACCUGUUCUUCUGACAUUUUCGUGGUCGAUCUGCCUCUUCUAUCUGGGCAUCUUUCUCUCCUCCACCAUCGAGCCCAGUUUCGCCGCGUUGUUCUAUUUCGGGAAUAAGGGCACCACCCCUUCACCUUCCGCGCGACCUUUUGACGUAGCGUCUGCAGCAGCGGGCUUCGCGAGUGGUAAGCGCGAAAUAAACGGUCAUAUGCAACACGACCAGCAUCGGUACAAUCCCUUGAGCGAUCAGGAGGUCGGGCCGCCGUUAAUUAGCGAAGCUGCUGGAUGUGGAGCCUCAUCGUCGAUACCAGUGGACCAAAGUGCUGGCAUAGUUGCAGCACGGACGACCACGACGUCUAAAGAAGACAUCAGCGGCAGUGCGGCUAACGGUCAUCAGCUUUCAGCACCGGUGCCGGAGGUCACGACAGACUUCUCGCGCAACUCAUCCCAGCCCGGGCCGGACCCGUCGUCGACAAACAGCCACUCCAGACAGACCUCCAGAGACUCGCAGAAAUCCGGCGGCAAUAACUCCGUCGGGUCGAGCGGCGGGGGCGGGAACAGGUCGGACGAUGAAGAGGAACAAGACGGAGAAAAUGCGAUAAAAACAGCAGUUUGCGGACUGUUCACAGGAUGCUGUCUCACUAAUCUAACGUCACCCACUUCGCAGGACAACUACUACGGUCAGGGUCAUGCUCAUGGUCCUCGCAGUAGAAGCCUUCCCGACUGUAUGGACUCCGGUUGCUACUUGCAGCUGUGCGGAGAAGAGGACAUCGAGCAGGACGGCGCCGAGGAAUCCGAUAACAGCAGGAGAUCCUCCUCCGCCGCAGCCAAUAAGCGCGAGGAAAUCCAGACGAAGAAGUGGCCGCCGCUGUUUGGAGGGGCAGCCACCGCGGCGCGGCAGCGGGCACAGAUGCCGACGGCCGCGCGACCACUGAGUCAGGCCGACGAAGACGACAUUCACGGGGUUGCGAGUAAUGGCGGCGCGAGGAACAACUCCAGCACGCCGACCAGACGCGGCAGCGGCUUUGGUUUCGGCGGAGGUUCCCUCCCGACCCUGGCACAGUACAAAAGCUCGUGGCAGACCCAGUACGGGAGUAGAUUGCGGUCCUGCAGCAGUGCCUUCGGCGGUGGUGUCGUGCAGCACAAGCGGUUCGUGUUGAACCCUUUGCAACAGAUAUUGAAUGAGCAAGAGGAAGCGAGGAAGGCCAAGUUGCUGGAAGAACAGCAAAACGCUGGUGCGCAGACAGUAGUCGGAAGUACAGCUGCUGCGUUAGGACCACCUGUACUUGGGGGGCAGCUGCAGCAAGUGCAGCAACCCUUGCAAGGAAAUGUGGACAGAAUUCAGCAUGGCGCAGCGGCAGGAGCUCCUCCGGGUGGAGCGCAGGGACACCAGCUCAUCUCUGCAGUAGAUCAACAGAAAAUAGCUCAGGAUAACUUGAUCAACCUGUACUGGCAAAGGGUCGAAACCGGAGCGGGUGGCGACUGUUUUUUCUCCUCAGUAUUGCGGAUCUUUCUGAUCGCGUGGAAACAGCAGCAAAAGGAGCGGAUACGACAGGAAGAGAUUCAGGCGUUGUAUGGAAGCAGCUCGUCAAGUGCUGCCAGGAGUGUAUCUUCGCCAGAGUUCUUUUCAAAAAAUGUAACUCCAACUACAACUACUGUCGGCCAUACUGCAGGUGCAGCAGCCUCCUCUUCCUUAGUGCCACCAAGUGCAGGUGAACUGCAAAAGGCUACAGGGGCAGCGGUAUUUUUACCUGCCGGAGCAGUGCCACAGCCACACUACCAGACUCUUCAUUUCGGAAUCACCCCUCGUGGAAAUCCAAAUCCAGCCUCCUCCACCACCCCUUCGUCCUCCACGCUCCUUCCCCACCAGCAGCAGCAGCCUCCACAACUUUCCGCAUCCGAGGUCGAAGAGACACCGCGGGACAAGGCGGCCCGACUGCGCACGGAGUACGAGAACGACCUUGAGCAGCUUGCGUACAAGGCGUUUCGGUUGCAGCACUUUGACGUGACCAAAAUGCUGAAAAAAGUCCGCACACUCAUCGCGGUCCAAAAGCUGCAAGCGGACUGGCUACAGCAGCAGCGAAUCAACGCAAUCCGCCGGGAGCGGGAGGAGGGAAAAGCCAGAGGAGAGUACAAUGCAAAGCUGGACUACUCCUCGGGAAGCGUAGUGACCAACAACACCAGAUUUCAUUUCUACGAUAAUCAGGGCUCGACGUUGGAAAUCGUGCAGAAGGCGUUCUGUGGUACAACGAGCAACAGGUCAGGCAGCACGGUCGGCUCCUCGAGCGGAAAGAGGAUGAACUACCUCCUCGGCGACGCCUUCUGCGCCAGAGCCGCCGCCCUGUGGAGCCCCGUGGCGAAAGUGCUGACGAAAGGAACCACAGGGCGAAGUAGUGGGGAGGACCAAGAGAGCGGGCUGGAAAAGAGUUUUUUGGAAUUGGAAAAUAACGAACCGGGGCGGGGGUCUUGUGGUGAUGAAGAGCAGCAAGCGAAGGAGGGAGCGACAUCCUCUAGCGCAACUCCUGCUGGCGCCCCCACCUGUAAAACUCCCAGCGAACAAGCUACAUUUGUGGAAAAGAAGUCUUCUGCAGCAGCUUCCAGCGCCGAGGCUGGAUUUCUGAUCCGCGAACAGACACCGAGUACGAAAUGCACCGACAAUAUGCAGGAUGACUGUUCGGUGGAUGAAGGUGCGGAGCAGAAGAGCAAAUUUUAUCGGGAACUGCACCCGUUGCAGCUGCCUCCGGACGAGCGUCGAGCUCGUGAAGACCAACAGCAACAACGGGAAAUCAUGGCCGAAAGGGACGCGCAAAUCGGGUUCUACUGUGGAACUCAGGGCCUACGGGAUGCACAGCGUGUGGCGGAGGAGCAAAAGAUGACAGCGCAACAAGAUGAUAAAUCCACCUCGUCUCCGAUAUUAAACAACUGCUCUCCCAGCAAUUUUCCAGAAUACGAGCAACUGCCCCCGAUUGACCCAAACAACCUGCCAGAAAUCCCCGAUGUCGAUACCCAUUCGAUGGUCACAAUUUCGGAACUUCGCGAGGCGCUGCUGCAGCAGUCACGGUCGACCACCCGCCCGCGCUUGGAGGAGCAAGAGGAUGAGCUACUCCGGAAGAAAGAGGUGCUGAAGCAGAAGAAACGAGCAGCCACCCCGACGAACCGGUUUUCCUUGGUACCGACGAAAAUUUUGAAAGAAGAAGAGAAGUUCCACAAAGAGGUCAAGGAUUUCGAGUACAACCAGAACGAAUACCGGUCGACCAUGCGGCGGCUGAAGCGCAAAGAGGACGACGGCUACGCGUGGGACCCGGAGGUGCGCCUGGCCGCCGAGCUGUUCAACGUGGCCAUUUUGGUGUACGGCCCCCAUUUUGGCCACUGCGCCCCCUCCACCUGGAACGUAGUUGGGGGCAAAAGAUUCGACACCAAUUUGAACACGAUUCUGACGGACGAAACGCAAGUGAUCUUCCCGCUGUUCUGGAACGGCGUCAACCACUACCAGGCAAUUUUACCCACCGUCGCGAGGUUCGAUCUCGAGGGGAUUCAGCGCGAAGUGGGGCGACUGGAGGAGCUCUAUGCGGUGGACAGGGAGAGAAGCUGUGGCGAAAAUGUUGUUGGUGCCGGCGUCGGAGGAAGCUCUAGUACUCCACUUGCGCCCGGAGUCGUAGCUGCGCCGGGAUUCUUACCCGGUGCACUGCAGCCGCCGGAAGGGGGGCAACAGGAGGGGCAGCAGCUGCAGGUGGAAGGGACAUCACAAGGCGGAGCACCACACCACCAGGGGCAGUAUUCUACGAUCACCGGUGCUGCUGCGCAUGGAGGACCAGAGGACGCAGCGACUGGCGCACCAGUGGCAGAUAUUGUCGAUCCGGUAGCACGUGCGCGGAGCCAGAGCGAGGCUAGCGGACGAGCAGGUGGAUCGCAAGCAAACACGCCCCCUAGUCCGGCGUUUCUGCAUAGAUCAGGUACAUUAUUGUUGCGAGAUAACGUUGAAAAUGUUGAUUGAAAAUGCUAAUUCCGACAUAGAGCGACGAAGUUAAAGCAGCAAAAGAGAAAUGGAAGUUUCAUCGCUGACGUGACCAAUUAACAACAGCAUCCGCCGCCUCUCCAAUUUCUUUUCCAACAAAAAAAGAUUCCAUCAGGUGACCUCCGUUGGCUCGGGGAGGUAAAGUACCAAGCGGUAAGCCCGAUCGGUGACCGCGACCGCGACGAUCGCGAUCUGGACGUGAGGUACGGCAAUGGAGGCUCCCCUCAGAGCCGUACACCCACCCGCUGCGGGGCUGGUUUACGUAAGGGCUGCGGGUAUAGUCAACGCGGAAGGACGAGCAGAAAUAGUAGGUCCCAUGGUCGCGGCCGUGGUCGUGAUGGAGCAGUCUCCGACAGCGGUAGCGUAUCCUCGCCAAAAGUGUCGCAUUCGUACUGAGUUUUGCAGCGCAUGAUCAUGCAGAGAGAGUUUGACAGAUCUGCAGAUCGUUUUCUACAGCACCGAGCUAGUAUUUCAGCAUUCAAUACAAAUUUUUUGGAAAAGCUACUGCUGCAAAUUCCACUUGGAACUGUGACACUUUAUUUGCAAUGCAUAGAAAGAAGGCACGAACAAUUCUCAAUCCCGCAGCCAGGAGAUGUACUGCGACGACUAUUUCUUUACCGCGGUCGACCACUGCGACCGUCUAUCUAAGAAGUUUAGCAAAAUGUGGCGCAGGUGUUUUCCGAAAAGUGGCGGGAGUUCGUGCUGUGAUGGAAGUAGAAAUAACAGAUCAACAUCUUCGAGCAAUCACCGAGGGGACAAUCAAGACAGGAGCACAAGGCGCACAACAAAAACCGCUACCACCACAGGGAGCCGGUGUUGUAGCCGAGACGACAGAACAAGUGGCAGCUCCGAGGGAGGCGGAACAUCAUCUCCUGCGGCUUCUCCCUGCGACUCGCGUCCGCAGGAAGACGAAGACCAUGCUAGUGCGCAUAAGUGUAGAGACUGUUAUGCUGGAGCUGUAGCAGCAGCCACCGACACCCGCACCACUUCAGAUGACGGCCAAGAGGGUGACGAAGGUGAGGAGAAGAUCACAUUCUAUGGAUCUGUCAGGAUUGAAAUCGUCAAAGUUGAAAUGAUUUGUCAUGCAUAAAAUCGAUACCAGUUGCUGUUGCAAGUCCAAUUUGUAAGCGGCGCAUGACAAAUUUGAGUAGAGCCGAAAUCCAGUUUGUAAUGCUGCUUGGGUAAGGAGAACGUCUUUUCCUUUUGUGAUGCUACUUGAGCAGCUCUACUUCUACCCCGAAACAGGGUCACAAUCUGCCUCCCUUGCCUCCUCUGCAAGACAGGCAUUUUCUGCGUUGCAUUUUAUGCAUGACAAACUAUUUCUGCGUUGGCAUUUUCUGUUGGCAAAAAGUUGGGAAUGUUGGCGAACAAUAAACGCAUCUGUUGGCGCAAUGUAAGGAUCGUUGGCGAACGUUAAACGCAUGUUGGCGAAGUGAGGACUGUGUGCGAAAGUAAGGAAAAGGUGGCGUAAAGUUGGAUGUGCCCGGGGAUGAUGGUGAUGGCUUCGGUCCGCCUGACUCCGCGACCUGGUGGCCGAACCACGUGCGGUUCGGUGCCCUUACAGGUUGUGUAGUGGUUUCGGUCGGUUUAGCAUGACAAACUAUUUCAACUUUGACGAUUUCAAUCCUGACAGUUCCAUACAUUCGCCCAGUUUUGUAAGCGGGAGAAAGGAACUGGAACUGGAACAGCACGACACAAUAAAUCCUCCGAGGAAACAAGAAAUAACUACCAGUCACAAGAAGCGCGCAACGACCGUGAGCCCUGUUGCACCUCCGCCUGUUUCUGCUCCGCCCUGCAAGAGGAAUUUGGGAUGUUAUGCUGCGGCGAUGACACCACCGGUGUUCUCAGGGCCAACAAGGAAACAAGGACCCACAAAUGGUUCUACGAGGAAGAUCUCACCUAUAGUCUCCAAGGGGUACGAAGAAGCGGACUAGAUCUAGAAGACCGUCAGCACUUACCGUUCGACGACUACUACAGCUACUCACCGACGGAAAAGGGUGGUGGUUUGUACGGUGGCACUAGCAGUGGCGCGACAGCAAGGCCAAAUCUGGGAUAUUCGUCCGGUGGCUUGUCCAGCAGCUCCUAUCGAAGGACCACCCUCCCAAGCAGCGGUACGAGUCGAGCGAGGACGCGGUCCGGAAGAAGCCGGGCGGGGAGAGGGAAGCGACCCAUGUGAUAGAACAGCCUGCGGGAGUCGUGUCUGUUACAUUGCGUGUCCUCGAGAUGGAAGGGAUUCUCAGUCGUCGGAGCUUUGCCGUGUGAUAUGAUCGAGGACCACUAGCCGCGUUCACAGCCCGGGAAUGAUACCAACAAGCGAAAAAUGAAGUACUGACACUUUUGAUUUUGAUUUAAAGGAUCACGAAGUAUUGCUCUCCUGAGAACAAAGUAGAUUUGAAUCGAAGGAUACUGUUCUGAAAAUAAAUUUUGGUUCCAUGCAUUGAAUCGCUACACAUACACGACCACGAGAACGCCAUUGUACCCCCUUGCUUCACAACGACAAACACAAUAGCCCGAACGCCACAUCACAGAGAAACAUAAUUAAGUACAAGCCUGCUCACUCUGCUUCUGUCUGAGCAUGAAGGGCAGCAUGAGAGACACCCGAUUUGAAUACCACUUCAACAUGGAGCUGCGAAACGAAAAAAAUCAAUUGUGAUUCUGGCUACUUAUUUUGGAAAUUGUAAAGAAUCUAAUAUGUAAAAGUUUCCGCGGUACGGACUUCGACUUUUGAAUUAAUAUCGGUGCAAGUUUGUACUACUCUGUCUGAGAUUAGUAAGAAGUGCCAAGUGUUCACCUGCUUCUGGGUCGCAGUGCUGGAG